AUGGGAGAAGAAAGUUGCUGCGAUGAUUACCACCCUGAACGGUCGGUGCAGGCGCCCUGGAGCCUCCGCUGGCUGCAGCUGCUGGUUGCUGCCGGCACGAGCCGGAACGGAUCUUUGGAGCGCACGUUUAAAGGUUUCCUUCCGGUCAGUGUUGAAGAUCUGCAGGCUGCGGAUGCCAUAAUUCGACUUCCGCUGUACGGGCUGGCCUUGGCCGCCUUCGGCUGGUUGUGCUGGAAGUUCUACUACGGACGCGUGAUUUGGAAAAGGGACCUCACCGACAUCGGCUUCAACCACAUGCUGGACAACGAGCGAAUGGGCAAGAAUGACCGCCAGCGGGCGCACACCAUCAACCGGUUGCGCCGGCUGCGUCGCGUUGGCCAACGCAUUCCACCACCCUACCCGAACGGAUGGUUCGGCAUACUGGAAUCGGAGACGUUGGCUCGGGGUCAGGCACGCAGCGUCGAUUGUUUGGGUCAAAACUUUGUCGUUUUUCGCUCCGCUUCCGGGGAAGCAUGCGUGCUGGAUGCCUACUGUCCGCAUCUGGGUGCCAAUCUGGGGGUAGGCGGAACGGUCCGGGGCGAUUGCAUCGAGUGCCCCUUUCACCACUGGACGUUCAGCGGUAAGGAUGGGCAGUGUACUAACAUACCGUACAGUAAGUCCGGUACGGUUCCGAAGGUGGCCAAAGUGAAGAAGUGGCGUUCGCUGGAAGCGAACGGGUUUAUUUUUGUUUGGCAUCACGUGGACGAGGAGGUGGAACCGUGGCAAUUGCCGAUUGUGGCGGAAAUCGAGGACGGUCGGUGGGUUUACUAUGGGAAGAAUGAGUUUCUGGUGAAUGCGCACAUUCAGGAUAUUCCGGAGAAUGGAGCCGAUGUGGCGCAUCUGUCGGCGGUUCAUGGACCGAACAUGCUUACCGGUAGCGAUAUUCGAUAUUACCGGCCAGCUUGGGCGGAUUUUGGCAUGCAUGCCUGGCAGGCCAGUUGGAAUGCACCAGAGGAAAACGAUCCACCACACAUUGCCCGCAUGGAUCUGAAACACACGUUCCGGUUCUUCAAUAAGGUGGAAGUUUGCACGGUAAAUGUGAAAGCAUUCCAGGUUGGUCCCGGUUACGUGCAGCUGAUGAUGCAAACCAGCAUCGGACCGAUGGUAGCACUGCAAACGGUUACUCCGGUGGAACCGCUGGUUCAGAAGGUCAUCCAUCGAUUCUACGCUCCGCGUAAUUUGGGCAAUGCCUUUUUUCAGAAGUUUGCCAUCUGGGCGGAAAGUGUUAUGUUCGAACGUGAUAUGAUGAUUUGGAACCACAAACAAUUUAUCGAGAGUCCCCUGCUUAUCAAGGAAGACCGAUUGAUCAGAGCGUAUCGGAAGUGGUACGGCCAGUUCUACUCGGAGAACAGUACCAGCUAUACGAUGGCAAAGGAGAAUCUGGAUUGGUGA